CACUUCACGUUCCCGGAAUUCAGUGGCCGUCGCGCGCAGGCUGGAGAGAGUGUGUCUGGCGGUCUGGUAAUCCCGGUAGCAGACAUGCCUCGGUACGCGCAGCUGGUCAUGGGCCCCGCAGGCAGCGGGAAGAGCACCUAUUGUGCCACCAUGGUCCAGCACUGUGAAGCCCUCAACAGGUCGGUCCAAGUUGUAAACCUAGAUCCAGCAGCAGAACACUUCAACUACCCUGUGAUGGCUGACAUCCGAGAACUGAUCGAGGUGGAUGAUGUGAUGGAGGACGAUUCUCUGAGGUUUGGUCCCAAUGGAGGAUUGGUAUUUUGCAUGGAGUACUUUGCCAAUAAUUUCGACUGGCUAGAGAACUGUCUUGGCCAUGUAGAGGACGACUACAUCCUUUUUGAUUGUCCAGGUCAGAUUGAGUUGUACACUCACCUGCCUGUGAUGAAACAGCUGGUCCAGCAGCUGGAACAGUGGGAGUUCCGAGUCUGUGGAGUUUUUCUUGUUGAUUCGCAGUUCAUGGUGGAGUCAUUCAAGUUUAUUUCUGGUAUUUUGGCAGCCCUGAGUGCCAUGGUCUCUCUAGAAAUUCCGCAAGUUAACAUCAUGACAAAAAUGGAUCUGCUCAGUAAGAAAGCAAAAAAGGAAAUUGAGAAAUUUCUAGAUCCAGACAUGUAUUCUUUGUUAGAAGAUUCUACAAGUAACUUAAGAAGCAAAAAAUUCAAAAAAUUGACUAAAGCUAUAUGUGGACUGAUUGAUGACUACAGCAUGGUUCGGUUUUUACCUUAUGAUCAGUCAGAUGAAGAAAGCAUGAACAUCGUAUUACAGCAUAUUGAUUUUGCCAUUCAGUACGGUGAAGACUUGGAAUUUAAAGAACCAAAGGAACCUGAAGAUGAGUCUUCCUCUAUGUUUGAUGAAUAUUUUCAAGAAUGCCAGGGUGAAUGAAGAGUUUACUAAAUAGUAACUGGAUAUGAAGAGCUGUGGCCCUAUUAGCAGAACCUUCUUCUCUUCGAAGGAUGCAAUAGUAGAAAGCUAUUUAUUUUAAUGAAAAAAAAUAGUACUUGAUUGUUUAUCAGCA